GAUAGAGGGACGCAGCCUGGCAACCCUCCUCCUGUCACUGCAGAGCAUGCUAGCUGCUGAAGCUGCACACUGAAGUUACUGACGUCUUUACACUUUGACAGUAGCAGAACUACAGGCUCACCAUGGCUGGCAAGAGGGCGUUAGUGAUCCUGUCUAAAGGAGCAGAGGAGAUGGAGACCGUCAUUCCUGUGGACAUCAUGAGGAGAGCUGGGAUUGCAGUGACGGUUGCAGGACUGACGGGCAAAGAGCCAGUCCAGUGCAGCAGAAACAUCCUCAUCUGUCCUGAUGCUAGCCUGGAGGAGGCCAGCAAACAGGGCCCGUACGAUGUGGUGCUUCUGCCAGGAGGAAUGCCAGGGGCCCAGAACCUGGCAGAGUCUCCUGCUGUGAAAGAGGUGCUGAAGGAUCAGGAUGGCAGAAAAGGUCUGAUUGCAGCCAUCUGUGCAGGUCCCACUGCUCUUCUGGCACAUGGCAUCGGGUACGGCAGCACAGUCACUACACAUCCUGGCAUGAAGGAGAAGAUGAUGGCUGGAGACCACUAUAAAUAUUCAGAGGCUCGAGUACAGAAGGACGGACAUUACAUCACCAGCCGUGGGCCAGGAACCAGUUUCGAGUUUGCCCUGACGAUUGUAGAGGAACUUAUGGGGGCUGAGGUUGCGGCUCAAGUCAAGGCUCCUCUUGUUAUGAAAGACUGACUGUAACCGUGUUUUGCUUACAUCCUGCAAAGCAGCACUGCUCGCUAUAGAAGUCUACUGCACUACUGAGAACAGCUAAUCCAAUAUAGCUGGCACAAAGAGUCAAAGUCACUGGUGACAAAUCAUUCUCCCAAGGGGACAUAAGGAGGUUUCUGUUCUGACUGGUUAUUGUCUUCCUUUGUCUUGCAAUGAAAUGCACCCAUUUGUUUUCUUUAACAAAGAAAUACAAUAUUGAAUCACAGGCUAUCCAAAUUAGAUAAAAUUUAAUUUCUGACAUUGUUUUUCCACAAAUUGCUCAUUAUUUUGACAGCUUUUAAUUGUUUCAUUAAAACAUUAAUGUGA